CAGCGACACAAUUGAAACCUGUCAUUAUGUAUUAUUGCUGAACGUUACUGUAUCGUAUCGGAUCAAAUCUUAUUGUAUUUGUGCAUUCGUUAAGCAUCCCAUUCAGAGUUCAAUUGGUGGUUGAAGCACUUGUUUCGUACACAUCGCAAAGUAAAUUUUAAACGAAAUAGAGGUAAAAAAGAAGAGUUUUUUUUUCGUAUUUGAGUGUGUUAUUUCAGGGAGAAAUAUCUAUUGACACGUGCGCACGUUUAUCGUAUUUGUGAUGAUUUGCACAGUGAUGCUCAGUGCUAUUGUUGCUGCGAUAUUGAUCAAAUACCAACGCUGAUGUGCUUUACGAAACUUUUCCAAUCGAACGAAUAAUUGAGUUUUACAUUGGGACCUUAUUCCAAAUUAAAGCUAAAAACAAAUCGCAAGAAUGGCCGAAGAAGUGCCAGAGAGAAUCGAGCGCCAUAAUGAAGAAUUCAUGAAUUAUAUGGUGCAAGGAAUUAUGGGUGUUCUCGAUGAAAUAGCUAGAACGCAUCCCAAUGGUGAGGAUCACAUCAGAGACAAUGUUGAUGUUAUAAUUGAAAUAGUAAAUCGGGCGAUCCUUCGGCAUGUUCCAAUGGCAGAAGGUGCAUAGACAGUUUCAACAUAUCCCAUUCCACACCAAAAAACAACACAUUUCUUCUUAUAAAGUCCAAAAUUUUAAUCUAAAUUUCAUCGGAAUCAAAAGUAUUGAGGCCAGCAUUUUCGGCUUAUAUUAAGCAAUAGUGCACAUUGUAAUUUUGUGCAUUCCUCCCAUAUGAAAAUGGUCUUUUCAUGUCAUUGGUCAAUCAUUUGAUAAUAAGGGGUAACGUAAUAAGCUAUAAAUAAAUGUGAAAAAUCGUAGCGAAAAUCACAUGUGUUUUCAUUUGAGAGUUGUUCUUGUUUUAGUACAUUGAGUUUGAAUGAAGUAAGAAAAAAGUUUGGAUAUUCAGCCGAAACGUCAUAUUGAAUCCGACAAAAUUUGUCGGAGAGAUUUUGACAGGUCGCGAUUGCAACGCCACUCAACAACGAGCCGCCGUUCCAUUUGAAAUGAUGAUAAUACAGAAAAAAUUAUUCAAAGUUGAUUUUAUUUCUUUCAAAAUUGAGAGAAUUAGUCGAAUUAAAAUAAGAAUUGUCCAGAAAACAAAUUUUGUUUCCAUAUCUUUUCCAACAAAGAAUCAUCAAAGUAAAUGUAUGUCUCCGUGAAAUCAUAGAAUUGUUUCAAUUAUGACAGUUGAAUUCAGCGAUUGUAGCGACACCAUUUAAAAACCAAUGGUUAAUGUGUGUGCGUGUGUGUAUCACAUCAAUUUAAAUCGAGUUUUUAAACGUAUCACAGCUUGUUGCUAGCAUUUGCUGUUUAAAAAAAACGAGUCAAUUGACAAAAGUUGAAUUUCAUCACUAAAAAGACUGAAAGUGCAAAGCGCGAAUCAUUCUUGACAUUAGUGGUUAGUUUAUAGUGUAGAUCUCGUAAAAAAUAUAAAAAGUAGAGUGAAAAAAUGUAAAAAUGGUACGAAAGUAUGAGAAUAAGGUGAAACCGAAGGCCAAACCGGCAAAAACGACACGAACAAGAAGAGGGAAAAAAGUGCUACAGCAUGUUAGUCCCCAAACUUCAAGUGCAUCGGAGCUCGAUUUCACACUGCCCGAAGGAAAUCAUCUCGAUUCAUUCGACCAAUUUCGAACGAGUAAUAUACAGGUUCUGAAAGAGAAACAAGUUUUGAAAAAAAAUGUGAGAGCAUCGUUCAAUCGUGACAGUAGUAUCGAAGUUGACUCGGAUGCCACUUGUUCGUCAUUUUCAAUGUCGAUAUCAAGUGUGGUGCCAGAAGAUAAUGAAAAUAUCGAUCCUAGCGUUACAAGCGACCAAAUUGCCUUCGUUGAAUCCAUCAAUUCGGAAAACAGUUUUCGCUUCAGCAAAAGUAUACGAAAACAAAGACAUUUGGAAAAGGCAAAAGCGAAAGCAAUUGAGCCAAAGAAGCCCACUCUAAAAGUAUCCGAUGUGAACAUAAAGAAUCCGGCAUUUUAUGUUUCGCCGAUUCGUAUUCGCGACCAUUUGUUGCGACACACAAACACCUCAACACCAGAGAGAUUUUUUGCCGAUUUGAAUAUGAGCAGCAUUCAUACCGUGAUGACUGACGAAUCCGCAGCGAAUCUGGUCGAGGCGGAGAAAUCGAAUCACAUAGAAAGGCUGGGUGAUUCAUUGGUUCGGCCGGCGUUUAUUGCCACGCGUCGGCCAAAGCCAAUAUUUACGGAGCCAAUCAGUCCGAUUGGGCGCAAACAAUCGCGAAAAACAGGUGACAAAGUUGUUGAAGAGGCAGCUGCAAUAAGCAACUUCAGUGCAAUGGAUAUGAGUAGUAUCGCCGAAUGGCAGGAAAAUGUGGAGAAUGACAAAAUGUGUACGACUGUGUCGGACGACAGUUUUGAGGUGGCAAAACCAAAACCAAAUCACGUUUCAAGCAUAGCCGAUACAUUUAAUCUGACUGAAAACAAACACGGGAAAUCAGAUGAUAAAAGAGACAAGACUGAAGAAUGUAGUUUAAUGAAUUCAUUUGAAUUGCCAAAGCCAAAAAGUCCCAAGGGAAAUGAUAGCUCCAGUUGGUUGGAUAAUACGGCAAAAAAACAGCCAUUCACUGUUAGCGUUGACGUUCAUCCGAGAGAACCAACGAUCGAAACGAUAUCGGUAUCAUCAACAUCCACCACAACAACCUUAUCAGCAUCUUCGCCAUCCACUACGACAGCAAAUCAGCCGCAACUUAUUGUUAAGCCCCACGUUGGUUUCGACGCCUCGAAUUCGGUUUAUGAAUUGAGCGUCGCUUCGCAACAUAACGUAUCUAGUCAAAAACUUGUGAUGAAAGGUGGCAAAUGGCGGCGAACCGUAUUUGAAUCGAGAAAGAACAAAGUAACUCAAUCACCAAGACGCACGCUUGACCGAAAAAGCAACCAACAGCCAAGACCGAACCACAUUCGACAGAGUCACGCCAAUGUACUUCGACGAAAGAGCAUUUUCAUCAAAGAUAUUCCCGAUCGAAAGACGAUCAACAACCGUGAGUCGCAGCGAAAGUCCAUUCAACAAACUGUUACUGUAUUGGAUGAAUCCGAUGUCGAUUCGAUUUGUUCAGUUGACUUUUCACCAAAAUCAACUCCAAUCAAUGUACUAUCGAAACUUCGAAGCAGCCGUUUGCAGCCAAUUGCCGAUAGCGUCGAUCUUGUCGCACACUAUCAACAAUCAGCGUUCAAUCUCAACACCGGUAGCCAACUAAGCCUAUGCGAUUCAUCGACAUCGUCGCUCGACUCGGUUGUUAAUGAAAUCGAGAAAUCAACUGCUAGCCUUCAACUUGGCUUCAACCGCGACGAGCUUAAGCUACAGCUAUUGAAACGAUGCAAACAAACCGAUGUCUUGCCAUUUGAUGAGAUUUAUUCAGCGAGCGUGUUGAAAAAGUGCCGAAAGAUUGGUGAAGGAGUUUUCGGCGAAGUGUUUCUCAAUGAAACAUCACCGCGAUCAUCAUAUGUGUUGAAAAUAAUACCGAUUGAAGGGACCGACGAGAUAAAUGGUGCACAGCAGAAGCGGUUUGAUGAGAUUUUGCAGGAGGUAAUCAUAUCGCAGGAGUUGAGUGGAUUGCGUCACGUCGACAAGAACCGUACAUCCGGUUUUGUUGAAGUGUUAAAUGUACGUUUGGUCGAGGGCCGUUAUCCAGCCCAUUUGCUUGACCUGUGGAACGAUUACGAUACACGUCAAAACACCGAAAACGAUUGCCCGGAUGUGUUUGGUGACGAUCAACUGUACGUUAUAUUCGAGCUAGCCAAUUGUGGCAGUGAUCUUGAGGCGCACGUAUUCAAAAAUGCUGAACAAUCAUACUCCGCUUUCAAACAGGUGGCAAUUUCGUUGGCAGUAGCUGAAUCAGAGUUUGAGUUUGAACAUCGUGACUUGCAUUGGGGUAAUGUGUUGGUGGCACCAACAACCGAAAAAUCGUUGACAUUUAAUUUGAAUGGUAAAUCGAUUGAAAUUCGUACGCAUGGUAUCAAAGCCACGAUCAUCGACUACACCCUAUCACGUCUUGUGUACAAAAAUUGUUGCCUUUACCAAGACCUUGCCGCUGAUCCAGAGCUCUUCGAUGCCACCGGAGAUUAUCAAUACGAUAUUUAUCGUUUGAUGCGCACUCAAACAUCCAACAAUUGGGCAUUCUAUGAACCAUUCACCAACGUACUCUGGCUUCACUAUACCAUUGAUAAAAUGAUCGGUGGUGUCAAUUAUACGGCGAAAAAAGGAGUUAAACAUCGUCAAGCCAUCGAUAAAAUGAUUGAGUUACGUGACGAAUUGUUGGACUAUCGAAGCGCUUCUGACUACAUUGAAACCAGCUACUGAAUCAACACCAUUGACGUAAUGCAAGAAAUGAAUCCAUUUUAUUGUUCAAAUUGAAAUUACAAGAAAAAAGUUCAGUCAAAUGUCUCUAACCUUAUAUAUUUAAACGAAACAAGAUAAGAUCACGCUCCAGCAAGUAAAAAAAAAAGAAGAAGUAAAUUUAACAAAGAGCUCUAAACACAAGAGAAAGAAUAUAUAUAUUUACAAGUGAACACUUAUUUAAACAUAUUGUAAUUCAAUUUAAUUUAUGAUUGUGAGAAUUUAAUUUCUAAUUUUUCUUGUUCUGCGAUUUAUGUUGUAAAUGUUUGUUUUUUCAUUGAAAAUUUCCUUUUGGCUUUGAAAUUUUUGCUUUUCUCCCUCUAAAAUAAAUCAUUUGUUUGUUCAAUUUUGUGUUUCUUCUUUCUAGUUCACUGUCGACAAAACAAAAAAACCGAUAAAGCAAAUAUAUAUUUAUUGCAUCAAAUGUUCAGAAUUAAGUCAAAAACAUGGAACUUAUGACACGUUGCAAUUGCUGCCGCGCCUUCAGAGAGGUGUACAGCAAAUGCAUCGCCGAAUUUGUUAGAAUUAUUCAAAUUAAAUUAACAGUAAAAUCAGAUUUUAAUCCAAAUGGUUCUCUUUUUAUUAAAGCAAAAUCGUUAAUAAUUAGACUACACAAUUGCUGUCUGCAUAAUCUAAUCAAAUAUAUCAACAAUGUUAUUGACAACACAGUAA